AUGCAGCCGGCGUCUGCCUCUGCAUCGCCGGCGAAGCUGCGGCUGUUCUCUCACCCCUUGCCCGAAGCCCGCGAGUUCUAUACUCACGCGAAAGCGAAGACUACAGAUUGGUGCCAGAAACUCGACCCUCGUCCACAGAUGAUUUACAUCAUGACAGAGGAACUGGAGGCUUCCCGUGGAAACAUGCAAUUGAACGAGAGCGUAUCAAUGCGGCUGUUCGAUACCUUCCAGGAGACCAAAGCGUUCCCGGCAGUCCUCGAAUGGACCAAAGCACGAAGGCCCUUGGGCUACAUUCUUCCACCAUACGUGGGCGGUAACUAUGCACUCGCCGUGUGCCAGAGCAUUAACGACAGUCGCAAACGAGGGAUGAAGCUGGAGUGUUCGUACUGCUCAAGCUCGUACCCUCUACACCAGUACAACGACCACCUCAGCAGCAACGUUAAGCAUACCCUAACGGACCGGCCUCUCGUCUGCCCCGUCUGCGACAAGAGGACCUUCACUGUCGAGGAGGCUGACCCGGGCCUCCUAAACAAGCCCGCCAAAACACCUCAUGCCGAGCACGUCCGCACUUGCCAGAGGUACCCAUGCUCACAAUGCUCAGAGACCUUUACUUUCGCCCACUCACGCGACGACCACUUCAACUGGCACCAGACGACAGAUCGCCCGCACACAUGCGAGCAAUGCGAGCAGGCGUUCGUCAGCAAAUUUGGCCUAAAGCGCACGUCGACAUCUAUCUCUCAGAAAACCACCCAGGGUUCCGUGUACCUACAAACUGCAACGAGGUCAUUGCGAUACGAAAUCUGUUGA